CUGACGUGGUACCUACUGGUGCUUGUCUUCUUGCUGUCGUUCACUACAAAAUAUCUUUCGAAAGCCAAUAUUCAUAUGAUAACCAAUAAUUAUAAAUAAAAUACGUUUUAGAACUUGAAUAUCACAAUCGUAAAAAUGUUGGACAGUUUAUUUGAUGAUGUGAAGCGCAUGAACAAGCGCCAGUUCAUUUACCAAGUACUUAGUUUUGGUAUGAUAGUAUCAUCUGCCUUAAUGAUAUGGAAAGGUUUGAUGGUAGUAACCGGCAGUGAGAGUCCGAUCGUGGUUGUGUUGUCUGGCAGUAUGGAGCCAGCCUUUCACAGAGGAGAUCUCUUAUUCCUUACCAAUUACCCUGAAGAACCCGUACGCGUUGGCGAAAUUGUCGUAUUCAAAGUUGAGGGUCGUGAUAUUCCCAUUGUUCACAGGGUUCUGAAGCUGCAUGAGAAAAACAACGGCACUGUGAAGUUUUUAACCAAAGGAGAUAAUAAUAGUGUAGACGAUAGAGGAUUGUACGCACAAGGGCAGCUCUGGCUCACCAAGAAGGAUGUGGUGGGUCGAGCUAGAGGUUUUCUGCCUUACGUCGGAAUGGUCACAAUAUAUAUGAACGAAUAUCCUAAGUUUAAGUUUGCUGUUUUAGCCUGUCUGGCCGUUUACGUCCUGGUGCACAGAGAGUGAUAUAAUUGUAACUAACUGUAAGGUGGAUUCAGUCUGUAAAAAUGUUCUAUUGACUGUGUGGCUGUAUUUAAUUUUUUGAUUAAACAGUGAUUCUCUCUAACGUAACUGCAAAUUUUUUUUACUUGAUAUAUAAUAUAUUUUUUUGGAUGUCACCCUAAAACUUUCAGUUGUAUACAAUACUUAAUAUUUUUAGUACAUAUUUGGAACUUUCGAGAAUAUUUGAACUUUCGGGAAUUUAGAAAUUUUGUACAGUCUGAAAGUAACAAUGAGAAUUGAAUUACGUCUCGUAGUUUUAAGUAAAACUUAUGAUCUAAUAAAAUAUAUUGUCUCACCACCAA